CUCAUUGGAGCCCCAGCCCCACUGGGGGCCAGGGGUUUCAUUGGGGGUCCCAGCUAGGAUCUAACCGCCUGACCUGCCCCAGAGGGGCGACUCUCUGGCACCGGACGCACAGAGCCCCCCAGUCCCCUCGGAGGGGCGAGAGGCUGCCAUGGUGGAGACGGCCCCCUCGGCCCCCUACCUGUCCGUCAUGGACCAAUACGGCUACCAGCUGGGCAAGGUCAUUGGCCACGGCUCCUACGGCACGGUCUACGAGGCCUAUUUCACCAAGCAGAAGGCCAAGGUGGCCAUCAAAAUCAUCUCCAAGAAGAAGGCGUCCGAGGACUAUCUCAACAAAUUCCUGCCCCGUGAGAUCCAGGUGAUGAAGGGCCUGCACCACAAGUACCUGAUCACCUUCUACCAGGCCAUCGAGACCACCUCGCGCCAUUACAUCAUCAUGGAGCUGGCGCCCGGCGGCGACAUCCUGGAGUGGGUCCAGAACUCGGGGCCCUGCGCUGAGCCCCUGGCCGGCCGCUGGUUCGCGCAGCUCACCCUGGGCGUGGCCUAUCUGCACAGCAAGGGCAUCGUGCACCGGUGA